AUGAUAACAUCCCGGUCCUCCAACAUCCCGGUUCUCCAACAGCAGGCAGAGUGGUGGAGUGGAAGGCGUAGUUCUCAAACCCUGGAGUCGACAGCGGACCAAGAAGGACUGGCUGCGUACGCAUGUCGACAAGCUGCACUGUGGCUGUCUCUUGUGGCCUCUUUUCAGGACCUAUGGAAAGAUGUACCUAUGUUUGUAAGUGCCGCCCUUGACAUUCCACCGGACAGUGACACCAAGGAUGAACCUACCAUCGACACACAGCCUCAAUUCUGUCCAAACACAGCUCGAUCGCAAGGAACAAGAUUAAAAUCACAAGGUACAGACUACAUAGAGAUUUGUAAGAUCGAGAAUGCCGAGAAUGCCGAGAAUGGCCUGUUCAUAUUCUAUACUCAGCCUAUUAGGGGAUUGUACAGCCCAUUACGAGUAUUUAAUACAUCACUCCCCCAGCUACUUGUGGAACCUCAAGGGCUCAUGUCUGCUACAGGUUAUGAGCCCUGA